CACCAACCUUUCCCACUGCCCCACUGCACCGCGCUCGCUCGCUUGAUAUCGAUCGAUCUCACCAUGCGGCUCUACCUGUACGUGAUCGAGGCGCGGGGCCUCCCGGAGCACGGCGGCGAUGGGGGCGGAGGGCCGUACUACGCGAGGGCGAAGGUGGGGAAGCAGAGGGCGCGGACGCGGGAGGUGGAGGCGCGCGGCGGCGGGGCGUCGGCGGCGGCGGCGGAGUGGAACGAGGAGCUGGUGCUCGAGGUGGACGGGGGCGAGGCGGUGGAGGUCGGGGUGGCGCGGCGGCGGGAGGGCGGCGGGCGCGGCGGGAGGGAGGUGGUGGGCAGGGUGAAGCUGCCGGUGCCCGCCGCCGCCGUCCCCGCGGGGAGGAGGAGAAGGACGACCGUGCCGCCGACGUGGUUCACGCUGCAGCCCAAGCACCACCGCCGCUGGAAGAAGGGCGCGGCGGAGGCGGCGGAUUGCGGGAAAAUUCUUCUCACCUUUUCACUGCAUGGAGAAAACAGCGACAAUACUGUUAUCCACUCAUCACCUUGUUCGAGCUCUAGGAGCGACACUGACAUUGAAUUUGAGAGAUCAACUUAUUGGGAACAUUCAAGUUCCAACAGUGGGACGGUUGAUUCUCCCAGGAGUUUUGCAAUAGAACGAUCUUCUUUAGAAAAUUCUGACCGUUCAGCCCAAGCAAAUUCCAAUUCCAACUCUGAAGAUGAUGAUCUAACAGAGCCUAGUGCAGCAACAGCAAAGGGCACAAGUGACAUCGAACCAAUGGUUCCAGAUGCAAGCUUUGAAGAAGCUAUGGAAAUCAUGAAGUCUAAAAGCAUCCCUGACAUGCCAGAAGAUCUUAAUGGUGGUGUCAUGUUCGAUCACACUUACCUUGUGGACUCGAAGAAUUUGAACUCUCUUAUCUUUGGGCCUGAUUCUCAGUUCUCCAAAGAGUUGCGCGAGUUGCAAGGAACUAUGGACUAUGAGGAACAGCCAUGGACAUGGAACAAUAAUAAUCCUCCUAGCUUAACCAGGACAUGUCAAUACACCAAAGGUGCAACAAAAUUUAUGAAAGCCGUCAAAACUAUUGAAGAGCAAACAUAUCUUAAAGCAGAUGGCAAGAGUUAUGUAAUUAUGACUCGUGUUCGUACUCCCGAGGUUCCAUUUGGAAAUUGUUUUGAGGUUGUUAUGCUGUACAAAAUAAUUCACUACCCUGAGUUGUCGUCAAGUGAAGGAAUGUCACAUCUGACUGUAUCAUACAAUGUAGAGUUCCUUCAGAGUACCAUGAUGAAAAGUAUGAUUGAGGGAAGUGUUCGGGAUGGACUGAAAGAAAAUUUUGAAAGUUACGCAGAAAUUUUGUCUCGGCAUGUAAAAAUUGCUGAUUCUGCUGGGAUGGAUAAAGAGCGAUUAUUGGCACCGCUCCAGACUGAUCAUCAGUCAGAUAUCAGACUUGCUUACAAGUAUUUUUGCAAUUUCACAGUCAUCUCUACAGUGAUAAUGGCACUGUAUGUUCUUGUACACAUCUUUCUGUCAAGACCAGGCCCUCUUAUGGGUCUUGAGUUCAAAGGUCUUGAUUUACCUGACACGUUUGGAGAGCUGAUCAUAUCUGGCAUACUAGUUCUUCAGCUAGAACGUUUACUGAGUAUGAUAUCUCGUUUUGUAGAGGUAAGGGUACAGCGAGGAAGUGAUCACGGGAUUAAAGCAAAUGGAGAUGGUUGGUUGUUAACUGUAGCUCUGCUAGAGGCCACAAGCUUGCCGCCUGUCUCUAGCGGUUCCGUAGAUCCUUAUGUUGUGUUCAGCUGUAACGGCAUAACACGAACAAGCUCUGUGCAACUUCAGACUCAUGACCCUCAAUGGAACGAGAUAAUGGAGUUUGAUGCCAUGGAAGAACCACCUGCUACGUUGGAUGUUGAGGUUUUCAAUUUUGAUGGACCAUUUGAUCUGGCAGUUUCUCUGGGACAUGCUGAAAUUAACUUCCUUAAACACACGUCAGCAGAACUAGCAGAUAUAUGGGUGCCACUGGAAGGUAAAUUAGCUCAGACUUGUCAGAGUAGGUUACAUUUGAGAAUAUUUCUGGAGAACACAAAAGGACCUGAGACAUCAAUGAGAGAGUACUUAAGUAAGAUGGAGAAGGAAGUUGGUAAGAAGUUACAUGUUCAGUCACCUCACAGAAAUGCAACGUUCCAGAAGCUUUUUGGUUUACCACACGAAGAAUUCCUUAUAGCAGUUUAUGCGUGCUCCUUGAAACGGAAGUUGCCGUUGCAGGGAAGACUGUUUCUGUCAGCCAGAAUAGUUGGUUUCUAUGCCAAUCUGUUUGGACAUAAAACGAAAUUCUUCUUUCUGUGGGAAGAUGUCGAGGAAAUCGAAGAGUUAACUCCAUCUUUCACAACAGUAGGUACUCCAUCUUUGUUGUUUGUCUUGAAGAGCGGCCGGGGACUCGAUGCCAAGAAUGGUGCAAAGUCCCAAGAUAAGGAAGGCAGGUUGAAGUUUCAGUUCCAUUCGUUUGCUUCAUUUAGCAAGGCUAGCAGGACAAUAAUUGGACUAUGGAAAACCAAAUCAUCAGCUAUUGAACAGAGGGCUAAACUAGAAGAAGAUCAAGAAGAUGAAAACUAUGUCGAUCUUAAUGAUGUUCAAUCUGUAUUGAGCAUUGGAGAUGUGCCACUGUCAAAGGAGUAUACUUUGGAACUGCCUAUCGAUGCGGAUCUGCUGAUGGGGGUGUUCGACGGGGGCCCCCUGGAGGCGAAGGCGAUGAGCAGGGCGGGUUGCCUCGACUACGCCGCCACCCCGUGGCAGGACGCCCGGCCCGGCGUCCUGGAGCGGCACGCCAGCUACAAGUUCAACCGCUACAUGUCCAUCUUCGGCGGCGAGGUCGUCAGCACCCAGCUCAGGCUCCCCUCCGACGACGGCGACGGCUGGACCGUCUACGACGUCAUCACGCUGCGCAACGUCCCCUUCGGCGACUUCUUCCGGUUGCAUUUGAGGCACAACAUAUGGAGCGUGGAGGCCGCGUCGUCGGAGGCGGCGGCGAGCAGCGGGAGCCGGUGCGAGAUACUGGUGGGGAUCGAGUGGGUGAAGAGGAGCAAGUUCCAGAAGAGGAUCGCGAGGAACAUCUGCGAGAAGCUGGCGCACAGGGCGAAGGAGGUGCUCGAGGCGGCCGCCAGGGAGAUCGCCCCGGCCUUGUCGGGCUAGCGAGAAGCUGGAGGAGACGGCUGUUUUUUCUUUUUCUUCCAGCAAGGCCGCAACGGAGAAGAUCUCUGCAGAGGAGCAGAGUGCACGACUGAACUGUGUCGGCUUUUGCCUUGGCUGUAGCGUAGUAGUAUCUCCAAAACAGAACGAAACAAAUAGGAAUACGGAGAUGUAUACCAACUACAGUAUAUACGAUAUCUUCAAGAAGUACACAUGAUCCCAAAAAAGUGUACAAGUGUCGAGCCCGAACCGAGCUGUGCGUGCGCGCGCGUGACCAGCCGGCCGAAUUCCGGUGGUUUUUCCUCGUGUCGAGCCGGCACGAUGUGGUGGGAGGUGGCCAACUGUUGGUAGAUCGGGCGAUGCCGUAUUGAACAUGGGCGUGACUUCUCGUUGGAUAGACAAGAUCAUCAUCUGCGGAACGUGGGUGCAUGCGACUUCCUGGUGCUGUUGAUCUGGCCACCGCAGUACCGCACCGCUCAUGGGGAGAGUCAUGGUGGUGGCGCUCGGUUUGUAUGGAUUUCCAAGUGUACAUUCCUGAGGUGUGCAUCCCUCGGUUUCAUCUUAGGUGUACAGGCUUGAAUGCUAAUCGAGUUACUCAUCAUAAAAAUGUCUAAUUCUAUAUAAAAUGUUAUAUUUAUAGGUUUU